GUGUCAUUGGCGGUGUGGGAUAUACGCCUGAGAUGUUACGGGAGCAGAUCGACGAGCUGAAGAGCUUCUUGAACGAUAAGAGCGCACCGUUUGGCGUUGAUUUGCUGCUUCCACAGGUUGGAGGGAGUGCACGCAAGACCAACUAUGACUACACCAAGGGGAAGCUGAACGAGCUCGUCGAUAUCAUCAUUGAGAGCGGGGCGAAGCUGUUCGUCUCGGCAGUCGGUGUGCCUCCUAGAGAGGUCGUUGACCGACUGCACGCGGCCGGCAUCCUCUACAUGAACAUGAUCGGACACCCCAAGCACGUCCAGAAGUCGCUGGACGCCGGGGCAGAUAUCAUCUGCGCACAGGGCGGCGAGGGUGGUGGCCACACGGGUGACGUGCCCACCACCGUCCUCAUCCCUACGGUGGCCAAGUUGGUCCAGGGCAAGAAGAGCCCGUUGACCGGGCAGCCCGUACAGGUCAUCGCUGCGGGCGGCCUGUUCUCCGGCCGGUCUGUGGCAGCAGCCUUGAUGCUCGGUGCGUCUGCCGUCUGGAUCGGCACACGUUUCAUUCUUUCCGACGAGGCUGGGGCUCCCGAGGCUCAUCAGGAGGCCGUCCGCACCGCCGGGUUUGACGAUACCAUUCGUACCAUCAUCUUCACUGGUCGCCCGCUUCGUGUCCGCAAAAACGCCUACAUUGCGAACUGGGAGGAGAACCGCCAGGAGGAGAUCAAGGAGCUCACCUCCAAGGGAGUUAUUCCAGUCGAGCAUGACUUCGAGAACUUGGAUGAUGAUGUCGAUGACGAGACUAUCGACAACGCCCGGCCAUGGUUGAUGGGUCAGGUCGCCGCUGUAGUCAACGAGAAGAAGUCAGCCAAGGCGAUUGUCGAUGAGCUGGUGACGGAUGCGGCGGCCUUGCUGAAGAAUGGCGGACAGUUGCUCGCCAAACUAUAAUUUUUUUUAAUCUCUUCAAAUUGGAACUUUCUCAGGCAGUAGUUGGUAUAAUCUUUUUGGACGGUAUUGUGUGCAUAACGCAUUGUUUCGAUUCAAGACUCCCAAGCCUUUAGCAAACGGACCCUUCUCCUUUUUGAUUCCAGCCUGUCGAAUAGUGGCCCUGCUUAUGCUGGGAGUGGAUCGUAUAAAUAAUCUUUGUUCAUGGUCCACAUCACGGUAAAAUUCAUUAGGGCUGUUAUCUUUCUGC